CCAAAAUUUUGCGCUGCACAAUAAAAAAAAAGGUCCCUUACGUAAUUAUACACAGGAAGGUGUGAAAUCGCGUGCUUCUCAAACUAAAAGCUAAAUCAUGUCUAUUCAAAUCAUGUAAUUAAAAUCGGUAACGUGAAACGCUUUUAUAAUAUCACGACUCCACCGAAAACCCCACUCUCAGUUCGAAACCAUGCCCCGAAAGCGCCACGUCCCCCCGAAGAUUCCCCUCGUCCACCUGGUCCGCGCCAGCUGGCUCCACCAGGUCGGCCAGUUCUUCACCGAAUCGACGCUGCACGGCGUCCGGUACAUCGCCGAAGCCGGCCGGCCCUUCUGGGAACACUUUGCCUGGUUCUGUCUGGUGCUGGUCAGCGCCGUCACCACGGUUUGCAUCAUCCUGAACCUGUGGGUGCGCUUCCAGACCCAUCCGACCAUCACCGGACCGGACACGAGCCUGCGCUUCACGGCGACCGUGUUUCCGACGGUGCUGGUUUGUCCGGUGGAGACGCCGUUCGACGAGGAUAAGCUGGAGGACUUUAACGAAACGCUGCUGACGAUGAGUUCCUUCGGACGGAUUGGUCAGUUGGUUGGAGAUCGGGGGUUGGUGGGUAGUUUGUCCAAGAUGAAGAUUGAUGACGUGAGGAGUGAGAUAUUCCGGAACGUUUUGAGCUGCGACGAGGUCAUUGGCGAGUGCUGGUUCAGAGGUACGCGACUGGAGGAUUGCUGCAAGAGCUUCUUGCCCGUGUUUUCCGAGGUUGGGUUCUGCUACGCGUUCAGCGCCAAGUUCUACGACUCGGAACGGGCAUGGGUGCGCAACCCGGAUCGGAAAUUCAUCUACGAAACGGACAAAAAGUGGGGCCUGACGUUUGGCCCGCUGCGCAAGUCCAACAUUCUAAUCCACUCGUACAACGAGCUGUCCGGCUGGGAGUUCCGACCCCAGGUCCAGUGGGACGAGGACUUUGCGAUCGAGCUGCUGGUCACGAUGAAGCAAACGUACACGACGGAGGACGCCCGGCAGCUGUCGAUUGGGCAGCGCAAGUGCAUCUUUCCGGACGAGGUCGGGCUGCAGUACCACGAGGACGAGUACACGUAUUCCGGGUGUAUGCGGGAGUGCCGGCUGAUUAAGUGUCUCAAGCGGUGCGGAUGCGUUCCGCCGUUUUAUGCGCUGAAGCCGGGAUCUACGGAGCGACAGUGCGGUCCGGCGGAUUUGCCUUGCUUGGUUGAUAACUUUACGACCAUUACCAGGGUUGGGCGUCUAUGUCAGCAGUGCGAGUUGGGUUGUAACAAUACCGUGUACGAGAUUGAGAAGUACUCCAAGGUCAUUGCGUCGGAGGCCGGCAAGGAACCGCUGGUAACGAUCGAGUACCUAACCUGGCCCGUCAUCCGGUACAAGCGCGAGGUUCUGUUCGGUUGGGUUGACCUGCUGGUGUCCUUCGGCGGCAUCGCCGGCCUAUUCCUGGGUUUCAGCCUACUAUCCGGAGUGGAGAUCAUCUACUUCUUCACGAUGCGAGCCUGCUGCAUGCUGUACAAGAACCGUGACCAGCUGGUGGCCAUCGAGCAGGAGAAGUUGCGACGACCACCGGACCAUUUCGACCUGAACCUUCUGCCGGCGCUUCGCCGGCGAAACCUUCAACAACGCAAGCAACCCGCUUCUCCGGACCCUUCCCAGCGGAACGUGAUCACGCUGUCGCUGGUCGAGCAGGAGUUCAACGCGGUCAAGGUGCCGAAGGAGCGCGGGCUGGUGCUCGGCGGGUUGGGAUCACAACCGGAGCAUCGCCGGCUCGAGCGGCGGCUGGAAAAGAUGAAGAUCAUGGUGCGGCCGGACUUUUUCCAGCCCGUCCACGUGGCCCCGUACAGCGAGCGGAUCAAGCCGCUCGAUCGGAACGUGGUUCGCACGAAGGACGGAGGCAUUCUGUACAACGGGUAUUUGCCGUAGGAGACACGACGUUCCGAUCAGGAUUCCAGCACAACUCAAUCAAACUCACACUUUCGUCCCGAGCGUUCACUCUCAACGGUCCACAACGUAAACGCAGGUUCUGGACGCAGCACGAUUGCUGCCGUAGCCAACCUCCCGAACGCCCACCGUCCCGUUCGGACCUGUAGAGAUCUGCUUAGCUUGGUCCGCGCGCGUUUACACUCCGUCCCCACAUUUGUACUCAUCUGUCACUUCCUCCUCCAGAUCGUUCAAUCGCAGGUAGCACAGCUCGUUGUUACAAGAUUAUUCUAUGAUACAAGGUUGCGGCUUCGCUGCUGUGCCAGCCGGACUCGGUGCAGGAGCGGGUGGGGGUAGGUGAAAUUCUAAGACUGGAUAAAGGGCAAUGCUUGUCGUGCUUGUGAACGACGAUUCCACCGCAGUAAUCGGAAUCGACGUGGUAGUGGUGCCGGGAAUUCCUCCCACUACACCUUCCUCCAGAGUCAGGGUUUCCAACCUUGGUCCGAAUGAGCUAGGAUUGCUCCGAGAACUGAAGCUUGUUCUCCGGUCACGAACGAUUUUGGUUUGCAAAAAGACAUAUUUGUGCUCGAUGAAUUCUUUUUCCAGCCGUUGUUUUUCAUCCAGAUCCAGAACUCGAUAUUCCCGUUCUCUUUCCUCCUUAAUCGCCCUUUCAUGAAGACGCUUUUCCAGAUUAUUCCUUUCAAUCAGCAAGCGUUCUUGGAUCUGUUUUUCUUCCUCCAGGCGUCGGAUUAGCAACGCUGUCUCUGCUGAAGAUGUUGCUCCAGCAAAACUCGAACUCGACGAUUUGUUUUCGUCCAGGGCGGGAAUUCUAACCUCACCUUUUCGUCGUAGGUCAGACAUCGCGUGUAUAAAUUCUUAAGUUUGUUGCUGAGGGUGUGAACCGGUUUAAGCGGUGUAUGCACUUCGGAAGGAAUCGGUCAAGAAAAAUUUCAAAUGGGCAGCGGCGGCAGCGAAAGCAAGCCAGAGAGGGUGAAGAAAAGCCCCAAGAAAUCGCUCCCUCUCCUUUGUUCUGCUGUUCGUAAAGCCAUUUCUUGACCCCUUUCCUUCCGAUCAGCGUACUAGCCUUUAUGUCGGACCUCUUUUAGUCAAACUUGAGAUGAUUCUUGGAGUAAGCUUAAAGCUGAAAAUGUUGUUUAUUAGUACAUAGUUCAAAGGUUUGAUAGCAGAGACUUACAAUUUAUAGUCCUUAAAC